CUUAAAAAUUCCGCUCGCAAUAAUUAUGCUACCCUGAUUCGGGCAGCCCUCAAACUUUCCUCUCGGCGGCGGUAGCGACCGCUUCUCUUCUACGUCGGUUUGUAGAUUUAGAAGUCAAAGUUACACCUUCAAUAGUUAUCCCUAGAUAUCUAGCCCACACGGCAAGCCAUGCAGACCGCAACUCAGCGGCAACCACGACUCUGUGGUGGCGUCGGCAGGCGCUUCCAGGCGCUGCUACCGCGACCAGGAGUUAGGACAUGCGUCAUAGUGCCGAGCAAGGGCAGCGCCUCGGGCAGCAGCGACAAGCGCUUGCCCGCCUGGCUGCUGGGCUCGGCGGACAAGAAGGUGCUCCAGGACAUGCGCUCGCUGGAGUCCCUCAUACAGCGCGACGCCCCCGAGCCUGAGUACGCGGCUGCGGCUGCUCCGGCUCAGCAGCCCCUUGCCAGUGAGGCCGGGAAUCACGACGUGGACCCCGAUGCCCUGCGGGAGCGCCUCGCAUCGGCCGCAGCAGCCUCCACCUCGGCGUCCUCAUCCUCAUCAGCCAGCUCCUCGCACCACACGGCUGAACAUUCUGUUGGUGCUGGCUCCUUAGCCCACUAUGCUGCACCCAGCCCCGUCGAGCCAGCGGCGUCCGCACACAGUUCUCAUCAGCCACCUGCGGCGGAGGCAGCCGGGAUACCCGCAGCAACGGCGGCCGUCAGCGCUGGGCCCGGCCAUGAGGUGCCCAGCGCGGUGGCUUCAAGCCAUCAGUCGAGUGGCGUGGCAAGCGGCCCUGCCGCGGGCGGCCCGGCUGCUCCGGCGGUGGUGCCAACGGACACGGCCAUCCCCGGCUCCAUCUGGAUCCUGUGCUGCAUCUCGGCGGCGCUCACGUGCGCCAGCUGCGUGUUCAACACCGCGCUGCCCAUCUACAUGGUGAGCGAGCUCAAGAUGUCGAUGCGGUCCAUGGGCAUGUUCGAGGGGCUGCUGGAGGCGUUCUCCUACGUGGUGCGCAUGUGCUCAGGCGUGGUGUCGGACCGCAUGAGCAGCCGCAAGGCCGCCAUUACGCUGGGCUUCGCGGCGGGCGCCAUGGCCAAGUUCGGCAUGGCCAGCGCCGGCACCGUAGGGCUGCUGUUUGCAGGCAAGGCCGUGGACCGGCUGGCCAACGGCAUCCAGGCUGCACCCCGUGAUGCGCUCAUUGGCGACCUGUCGCCGCCCGGAGUGCGCUCCGCCUGCUUCGGGCUGGCACAGUCGCUACGCAAGUGGGGCAGCGCGGUGGGCGCGCUGGCGGCGUUCUUUCUUAUGAAGGCCUCCAAUAACAACUAUCAGCUCAUCUUCUACUCGGCCGCGACUGUGUCCCUGGCCGCCUGCAUUGCAUUCGUGCUCUUCGUGCCGGCGCACACGCGGACGCCCACGCCCGCGGCUGUGCCGACCGCCAUUGCCAGCACACUCGGCGCGCCGGUGGACGGCACGACUCAUCCUGGCUCUGCUGCGGCGGCGGCAGUGCCUGGCCCGUUCGCGGGUGCGGGGGAGUUCUUCCGCAGCGUUGCGUCCAUGGGCAGCGACUUCUACCGCAUGCUGGGCGUCAUCUGCCUUUACGCGAUGGGCCACAUCAACGAGUCGCUGCUGGAGGCGCGCGCCAUGGAGGUGGGCUUCGGCAAGGCCGAGGCGACGCUGGUGGUUGCGGCGCUGGCGGCGGUCACCUUCCUCACCGCCUUCCCGCUGGGCCGCCUGGACGACAAGUACGGCGCCGGCACAACCUUUGCAGUGGGCAUCAGCGCCCUCAUCGCCGGUGACCUGGUGCUGCUGCUGAGUGGGCCGCACCCCAUGGCGCUGUUUGCGGCCUGCGCCUUCCUGGGCGUGCACUGGGCGGUCAUCCAGGGCCCGCUGCUGUCCAUCGUGUCCGGCCUGGCGCCAGCGAACCUUCGCGGCACCGCCUUUGGCAUCUUCUAUACCGUCAUGGCCGUCACGGCCGUGGCCGCCAACACCAUGUAUGGCAGCAUCUGGCACACGUACGGCGCCAACGCGGCCUUCGCCACCAGCGCCGCGCUCAUGACGUGUGUGCUAGUGGCGCUGCCGCACAUGCUGCCAGCGGCCGCGCGGCGGGGCGCUGCUGCCGCGUCGGUGGCACCGCCUGCAGCCCCAGCCAUUGGCCUGCCUCUGCCGGGCAGUGGCGACGGCGGUAAGGGGCCAGCCACCGGCCCCAUGCCCGCGGCGGCAUGAGGCGAACGUGUGUUCGGCGGCAUUAGGCAACCGUCGCUGCAAUGCGGCCAUGUACCAUAAGCGUUUUCGUGUGGGGAUACCCGUACUGAGAUGACGUGUGUGACAGAGAGGAGCGUCGGGGUUGUUCGCAGCCUUGUGUGUGUGUGGAGGGUGUAAUGCUUGCGCAGGACAUAUAACGACGUUGGGCAGGGGGCCAUCCCGACGUUUUGAGUUGUUUGUCUGACCUAGAAUUCGUCGACUUGGCUGGGGUGGGCUGCACGGAUCGGCCGCUUUGGUAGAGAAUGAAAGUGCCCCUCUGGAAUUGUUGUUCUGCAUUGGACCUGGCAGGAGACUGGAGUGUCAGAAGCAGAGUGACGCGGUAUAUCC